AUGGUGCUGCAGCGCGCUCUACUUUGCACCAGCCUUCUGCAUCAUGCAGGCGCAGCCUCCGUCUCUGCACCGCAAGUUCUGUUCAUGGCAUCAGACCUGAUGCAUGCGGAGACCGAGAACAACUCAUCGUCCACAACUACAAGUGGCUUGUCCAAAGACGACGAGUCGGACGAUUUCAACUGCGCCCACAAAUGGUACAAUGUCUGCCCGGACCACGAUGGGCUAUACCCUGCUCCAGAGAACGCAGAAAGUGCGGACGACUUCGUCAUUCGGCUUGAUGCGACUCAGUCUGUUUGGAUGCAGGCUGGUUGGCUCUUCAUGGCAUCCUUUGGUGGUGGCACGUCCGUGCUACUUGCCCGAUGCUUUGUCAAAGCUGAGUCUCGCCUGUCUUACAGGUGGUCACGCAAGGCAGAGUCGUGGUUUUCACCCGAAAGAGAGCACGUGAUGGAAUUCAUUCUUGGGGUUUUGACGAUCAUCUCGUUUCUGGACUUCGCAGAUGCUACGUGUGAGCUCGACAGAGGGAAGCGGUAUUUUGACAGUUGGAAAGAUGCAGCUUGGUAUUUUGAGCAUUUGACUGCCAUGCUGCUUCUUUUGUCGGUGUCUCUGCGGCUCUACACUGCCGAUCUGCGGCAUUCGACCUUCCCUCGUACGCGGUACUUCUUUACUUCUCCGCUUCUUUGGUCAGAUGUCCUUGCCAUGAUCCCCACGUUUGUGGAUCUAAUGUUGCCCCAGUAUGCGGACCUCUUUCCGAACCUCAUUUGGCUGCGGAUUCCUCGUAUGGUGGACGUGACGCUGCGGGCAGGACACAGCGAAGAAGGCUUGGGUAUUCUGGCGAAGCUUCUAUGGUCAAACUGGAGCUUGCUGCAGAUUUCAGUCCACUUGCUCGGUGCCAUGUGGAUGUCUUGCAGCACCGUUCAUUUCCUGACCGAACGGGACAACGAGGAGUUCUACUGGGGAGUUGAACCAGGCUACCACAGGUACGUCUCCAUCCCUUCGGCAAUGUACUAUGCUUUAAUUGACUUCCAUGGUGAGUUCCCGAACGCUGACGAGUUCUCCCGACCACUUGGGCGGAUGAACUGCAUGGUGAUCUGCCUCGUUGGGACUGCCUUGCUGAGCGUUCCUGCUGGUGUUCUUGGUGCAGCUUUCCAGGACCACAUCAAGUCCAAGCUCUCGCACAGAGUUCUGCGUGUUGAGGAAGGCAGCCCGCCAUGUACUGCCGUGUGGGGAGCGUGCAUGGUUGGCCUUGUCUUGUUGUCGACCGGGAACUUCGUCUUCCUCACCACCGUGUACCAGCAGCCGGUGGGAGAGUCAGACACGGAAGGUCGUGCAUAUGCUGCAAGUGGGUGGCAGGCUGCGGCGAUCGCGCCUUGUCGCUACCUCGACGUCAUCUUGGCUGUGCCCUUCCUGGUCGACUGGUCGCAGCAGUUGCUUUGCACAGCGAACAUUCGCAGCUACCUUCUGAGUGCAGAUCACCUUGCAGAUCUUCUGGCCUGGUUGCCUUCCUACUUCCUCUACAUCUCCCUCCUUUUGCAUGGCAGCUGUCAGGAGUUUCAGGGCAGCCAGCGUCAGGCAGAUUACAGCAAAGAGCAGCUCGCAUUCCACGGCAUGUGUAUGUUCCGCUGGAUCAAGUUGGAUGGUUUCUUUGGAGGCAUGUUCCGGCAGCUCCGCUAUGUCCUCGAAGAGAACUAUGUUAUCUUCAGGAUCACCUUCAUUCUUGCGACGGCCCUGUGGAUAUAUGGGUCUGUGCUCAUGUACUAUGCAGAGCGCGAGAACCCAGAUCAGGGUACUCGGGAUCACUUCCGCACGCUCCCGCUUUCCUUUUGGAUGACUGGCCUGGACUUCACCAGCGAAGCUCCAGUGAACGACCACUCCGCCCAGGGGAAGGCCAUUCACACGCUCAUCAUGCUGGUGGGUGUUGGCGUGUUCACAGUUCCCAUGGGUGUCUUCGGUGCUGCCUUCCGGGAGCGUCUGGAUGAGAUGCAUGCGGAGCUGUUGCGGUCCAGGCCCAAUGCUCCUGUGGUCAAUCGAGCACAAGUCCGCCGCGGCUCGAGCACAGCGGUCCUGCUGGCGCAGGAGGAGUUCGACAACAUGACCGAGGCCUUCGACACACUGGCGCAAGAGCGGGCGUCUGGAGUGUAUCGAGACGUUCAUGACGUAGAUGACGAGAACCUGAUGAGUUUGCAGCCGGGAUCGCGGAAAUACUACUGGUACAGGCUUCUGAUGGGCAAGCGGCAUCCGGGCAGCUCGGCUGCCGGGAGCUUUUGCUGGUGUGUGGGUUCGGGACACUCGCACCAGGAUCCGCCAGCCAGGUGGAUGCGCUGCCGCACUGCAUGCGACGGCAAUGAGAGACGGCUUUAG